UGAAUUGACAUCAUCCAAGCCGCCGCCAUCGACAAUUUUCUCCAACAAGCAACUGUGAUCCAGAACUAGACUUCAACCUCUUUCUUCACCAAUACCCAACAGACUCCCGAGAUGCUGCAGAGAUCACUAAGAGCACCUGCCCUUCGCGGCGCCCUUGCCGCUUUCUCCCCCCGCGCCACUCCAGCCUCUCUUCUCCCUCGCAUAUCAUCCUCUCUUUCACAGACACGGCUUCUUUCGCAAGAGGUCCGCGCUGCGAUCGAUAGAGCUGUCGCCUCGGCGCCAGUGGUGCUGUUCAUGAAGGGCACCCCAGAAACACCACAAUGUGGAUUCUCGCGAACGUCGAUCCAGAUAUUGGGCUUGCAGGGCGUGGAUCCCAGGAAAUUCACUGCUUUCAACGUCUUGGAAGAUGAUGAGUUGAGGAGUGGAAUCAAAGAAUACUCGGACUGGCCCACGAUCCCCCAGCUAUACGUCGACAAGGAGUUCAUCGGCGGCUGCGACAUCCUGAUCAAUAUGCACAAGGACGGCAGUCUGGCAGAUCUACUUGCGGAAAAGAAAGUCAUCCUGACGGAAGAUGGUGACGAAGAUUUCGAGGCGACGCCAGCCGGUGGAGACAAGAGCGGCGGAGAUGUCGAAGGCCACAAAGCACAAGAGGCGCGGCAAGAGACGGAGCAAAGUACCGGAGCCAGGUCCAAGGAUGCGAAGGGAGAGAGCUCGUAAGAGAGCCUCGAGACCAUCGAGCGAUGCGUCCGUAAUGGAAUACCUCUGGACAACAACGAAAGGUCUGGGUCUAGCCGCCCAGCCUGGUCAGGCUUGAAGUACAAGUUUUGAAGGCUCGAUACCCCCACGUUGAAGACGGAGUCGUUCAGAAAGAUUGAAGUCAGGCUUGUGUUCAGGGAUAGAUAUCCGUUUCCCAAAUGCAUUGGCGACAAUAUGUACAAAAUAAAGCUAUAUACCCCCCGAAGAUCCCAUCAUGAUAAAUGCAUCGUCACGGAGCCAACUUUUGCCCCGG